UCUCCUAUUCUCCUACUCCAUGAUUUAAACAUUUGAAUUUUCAGUUUCAUUUUCCGCCAUAUAUAUUGAACACCGUUAUACUUCGUCGAAUUUGACGGUGUUUGAUAGUGGUUUAAUAGAAAGUAACGGAGUGCAGAAGAUCUUCGUUGUAAUUAUGAAGAAAUCAGCAAUUAAAGACGAAAUAUUCAUCACGGGACUACCGGAAGUUGACUCCCACUUCUGGAAGCAAAAUAGAAAGUUGACGUAUAGCAACUGGCCCUUCAAAAAGACAGAUAAAUGCAACCUCGAACGCAUGGCUGCUGCUGGAUUUUACAUUAUUGGGGACAGCAAUGAACCAGACCUUGUUGAAUGUUUUAUUUGUGGCAAGCAACUUGAUGGUUGGGAGUCGGAUGAUGAUCCAUGGAAUGAACAUAAAAAGCAUCAGCCGAGCUGUCCGUUUGUUAAAUUAAACAAGCAAGAUGAAAAAGAAUGGACAAUAGAUGAAUUGUAUGAUUUAUUCAAGAAAUACCAGUCAAAACAGCUUAUGGACCAAAUGAAAAAUGAUUUUGAUACAGUAAAAGAAGCGAUAAAAUGCUUAAUGAGUGAACUAUCUAUUUGUAAAAUGUCACAAAAGAAUAAAAAGAGCAUCGAUUGAUUAUUUUGUACGAUAUUUAUUCUAAGAAUUUUUAAUUUAAAUACAUUUUGUAAUACUUUCUUUAAAAAAUAUAUGUAUGUACAACCAA